UUGAAGUUACCAGUCUUGAUACUUCAACUGAAUAAAGUAUUCUAGCAGUUUAGGGGAAGAGGGGGAACAUUGUAUGCAGAAAAUGCAUAAAACUCUGAAGAGACUCUCUUGAAGGAUAGGAGUUGACCAAAGUUAUUUUGAGUAUUUAUAAAUAUGAUGAGUUCUAUGGAUAACAUGGGAUUUAAUAAAGGGCAACAUGUGGGAAAGGCGAAAAAGAAGGCAGUGAAAGAUGGGUUGGAUCGUCUUAAACAGGCUGAAAAGAAAAAGAGGCGGUUGGAAAAAGCUCUAGCUACUUCUGCUGCCAUCAUUUCUGAACUGGAGAAAAAGAAGCAGAAGAAGAAAGAGGAGCAACAGAGACUUGAUGAAGAGGGCGCUGCAAUUGCUGAAGCGGUGGCUUUGCAAGUUUUACUUGGAGAAGAUUCAGAUGAUACCUGUAAGGUUGCUAUAAACGAGAGUGGAUGCAAGACUUUGAAUUAUAAUCACGAACUUGAGCUCUUCAUGGGUGGACCAAGAGCUUGUUUUGCUGAUGUAGAUGGUGGUGGCACAUGGUCUGUUUCUUCUGAAAAUGGCAAGUGGUCUUUCACAUGCAGGCCUCUUGAGAAGAAUGUGUAUGAACCUCUGCAUGAAGAAGUGGGAUGGGGUUCUACUGGAUUCUCUGUUGAUUAUAUAGCAGCACAAGCUGUUAGAUCACUCCAGAUUGCAGAGGAUGCAAAUGAAGCAAGAAUUCUCUUCUAAUGGAAAUGCUAAAAUCGCAUUAUUUCUGUCAUUGUUGGUGCCGGGUGAAGUUUUAAACUUCUGUUACUUUCUGGAGGUUGUCUUUUGUACAUCAUCGUACCAUAUGUGCUUGUCAGCCACAUUCUGCUUCAGCUGUGUGACUGAACUUGUUGCUCUUCUGUCACUGUAUUUUCUUAUGAUUUUAGUUAA